UUCUGCAAAAAGUGAAAAAUUUAACUGUUUUGUACAAAUUCGAAGCCCAGAAAGAUGGAUUCAAAACGUUAAAUCUACUGUUAACUACCAAUGUUUUACUUAAGUGACUCUACAGACGAUCAAUAAAAAAUUCUGUACAAAUAAAUUGAUAAAUAAAAUUAGGCGUGGGUCGUUUGUGGGGGAGCCUGUUCUGGAUCUCCGCGUGAUCGCGGUGCAAAAAGUGUCGCCAGAUCAAACAAAAGCCAACGGCCACGUCGAGUUUUGUGCAGCUCUCCGCGGGACGAGGGCACUAAAGAGGUUGAAGAUCGUGUGCAGUGAACCCUAAAGAUCGAACCGCGACCGAAAAAGUGAGGGGACGAACUUUCGCUGGCACAGCAUCGAUCGCGGAAAGGGCCAAUAGAAAACAGGUGGGAACGCACGGAACGAAAGCAGCGUGAGCAAAGGCUGGCACAGCAAGGAACCUGCAGGUUUCUGGCACCUGCAUAAUCGAGAUGGACUCUAGCCCACCGUCCCGGCGGAGUAGCAUUCCGAUACCGAAGCGGAAAACAUCGCUACAUCUGUACAUAGCGGGCUCGUCAUCAACUUCGUCCUCGAAUGUCGGGUCAGCAUCGGCAUCGGUGAACGAGGAUGAACCGUCGUUCACACGCAGCAUAAUGCUCGGUUCGUUCAUUCAAUCGCCAUCCGCCGGAAACGAAUCCACGUCCGCUGCUGGCCACAGCACCACAAACACCACCUGCGAGCUGAAAGAGAGCCAUAAUCGGUUGAUGGAGAAAUGUGAAAAAUUGAUGAAGCGGAACGAACAGCUUCAGCAGGCGAAUGAUCAGCUCACCUUAACCGUGCAACAGCUCAUUGCAAACGCGGAAAGUUCGAAGCGUGAGCUGGCCGAGUUCACGGAGAAGAACCGGCGGCUUCGCCGGAAGCUUUCCGAAAUUAUUCCAGGUGAAUCAUCCUCGGUGGCGGAUGGUGGCGCGGCCGAGAGUGAUGAUGAUGCCCCGGCGACAAGUGAACCAGAUGGCGAGAGUAGUGCCAAACCGGUUAGGUCAAAGGAGGAGCUAGCGGGACCGCAGACAACCGAAGGGGACUGGCUCAAUGAAAUCGAGAAGCUGAAAUCCUACCAGAACAAUGUCGAUCUACAGCUGUACGAAGCGAACGAGAAAAUAUCCGAUCUUCUCGAAAGUAAGCAACAGCACGAAGAAAUAAUCGAAAAACUACGUGCGGAAAAUGCGGAGCUCAGCAAGGUGGCGCGGCUAAUGUCACGGAAUAUGCUCGAGUCUAUCGACACGACCAAGAGUCUCGGAAACUCACUCAUGCAGGUCCGGCGAGAACGUGAUAUGGUGCGUGAUAUGGUACGGCAAAGCCGUGAUUCGGUUGAUUCCAAGACGAGCACCAACGAGGAGAUUCAAAAACUGCGCUCCGAGUAUGAGCUGCAGCGGAAAACGUACGAAGCGCAGUUCAUCGAAUAUAAAAGCCUGAUGAACGAAGAGCACGAGCGGAAGACAAACGAUCAGAUCGUCCUACUCGAGCUGGAGGUUGAACAGCUACGCCAGCAGCUUGAAGAGACCGUGUGUCGGGCCGAGCGGGCUGAGGAGGAAGUGCAAUCGCUCCGACAGCAGAUUCGUAUCAGCCGGCAUGAGGAGCGCCAGAGCUCAACGCUUUCCGCCACCGUUCUCCUGCCCGUUCUGGAUGGCAGUGGUGCGUUAGAUGGCGAUUCUCUACCACCAGUGUCCUUGAUAUGCCAGUGUGCUGCCAAUCGGCGGUCAACGGCAGGCUCUUCGCUAUCGUCUGCUCCCCAGCAAGCUGUUCCCGUACCACCACUAGCACCACCUCUUCCUCCGCCGCCACCACCACCGCCACCGCCUCUGCCACUACUAGCACCGGCUGCUAACAAACCCGCUAACAGCAAGCAUUUAAUCUCAUCGGAAGGAGCAACAAUAUCCACCGAAACGCCACCGCUUGGCUUGAGCGAAGCGAUUUCGAUGCAGAAAUUAAAUCACGUAGCAAUAACGAAUGUAAAUAGUCACCCUGCAGCAACAGGUAUAGAUUCGGUGAUAGCUGACAUCAAGAGUGGCCGGGUGACACUUCGAAAACGCCGUCCAAACGUACUCAACAAGCCCGCCUGCGAUGAUGCUGCCGACGAUGGUAGCGAUGGGGACAGUAUUAGAGAGGGUGCACCAAAUUACCGCCAGCUGGCCGCUCGCAAUCCAGCUCUCAAGGAAAUGUACGAAAUUUUGGAUCGUAUGAAGCGACAAAACAGGAAAUCGAAAAUUAUCGUCGAAUCAGAAUUCACGUCGUUUAGUGGAAACAUUGGUGCUGCUGCUGCGGCCGAUUCUGGUGAAAGCAGUAAUGCCAGCGAGAAUAAGGUGCGAACAGGGCGCAUCUUAACGGAUGUCGUCGACUGCUGAAAGAUACUUAAACGAUACGUGCCUAGUGAUUAACCUCGUCGAAAGAAUGGAUUAACUGAACUAGAACAACUCACCACCAGCACCAGAGUCUGGAUUUUAGCUAGCAUUUAGCAAGUUGUUGCUUAACUUAAGUUUAAACAGAUUUUUUGCAUUCCUCAGCACCAAGAUAGGAUUAAGACAGUUGGUUUUUUUUUUCUUCUAAAAUAUACUAUCAGCUCUAUUGCGAUUUUUAA